AUGCCAAAAACAAACUUUUACAAACUCGUCGUCGAGCAAGAAAUGGAUGACCCUUCAAAAGACUGGUUCUUUUACAUAAAAACUCAAGAAUUCAAGUCGAUUCCCGGUGUGUUUUGGGAAUAUUCCUGCGGAUGUUGCAUCAAAUUGCCAAGCGACUGCUCAGAUACGUUUCUUCGUGGCCCGACAGCUUGGUCCUUUGAUGUUGAGAAGAUCAGCAAGAAAUCUUCGUUUUGGGGAGAAGAUGAUUCGCCACCUACGAGCCAUGUUUACUGCCCAAAAGAGCCGGAGUUUCUCCGCACUCUACAAUGGCACCUGAAUAUCCUCGUUCGAAAUCCCCGACUUUUCCCACAUCGCUUGGUUCAUCUUGCAUCCACUGCUCUUGGUAGAGAGAAGCUCACAAAAGCGUUUACGACUCCAGCUCAAAUUCCUGACGACAUCAACAAAAGUCUGCUGCCAGAAAAUCUCCGAAAAUCAUUCGAGGAAGAAAAGAAAAGUGGCGAAGCCUUGGGUGACAAAGAACUCGAAGAUCUCUUCGCUGCGCCAACGAACAAGAAGACGAAGAAGCAGAAAAAGUCGGCGAAGAAGCCAAACAAAGGAAAAACUCCAAACAACAUUCGAAAGACGAAGAAACCUGUUAGACUGAAUGAGACAUCGACAGAAACCGAAGCUCGACCACUGCCAACCGGGAAUACUUACUCUUCAAAACAUCCCCUGCAAUUCUGGAACCUAACCAGCUAUGAGAAUUUUCCCGCGAUAUUUAACAAAAUAGACAAAAAUGGACUGAAGAAGCAUUACAUCGCAAAUUUGACGAUUUCUUUAGUGAAUUUAAAUUACGACGAAGCUGAGAAAUUCUGUGCAACUCGUGGGCUUAAACUUGCAUCAGACGAACUAGAAAUAAAAACAAACAGUCUGCUCUAUGGAACCUUUGGCUGGAUCAACUCAAAAGUCAACUUUUCAUCGGGAAAGCUCCAGAUCGCCAACAUUUACAAAGCAAGAGCUUUAGAGAAGAUCGAGAAUUUCAACUCUCGAAAAAUAUUUGCCCAGAGGGAGUUCACUUUAGUGGGUAUACCAGUUUGUGUAUUUAUAGAUGAGAAUCUUCAUGAAACAAGAACUGGCAAUACGCUUAUCUGUGAAAAUGAUCCUUUUGAUGAAAACGGGCGAGUGAAAGUCUUCCGCAACUGCACAAUGAACUGCAAAUCUCUUCAACUCAACGCCACCUUUAUAAACAAACACGGACUGUUUGUCCGGAGCGAGGAAAUUUGGCAUGAGGAAAAGGGGGAAAAUAAGACCUUUGUCUACGUAGUGUACUGCAACAUCAACGCAACGUUCAACGCCCGGCUUUACCAGCGCCUCUUGAAUGGCUACAAAUACGUUUUGGACACCAAUCAAACUGGCUGUAAGAUGCCCCUUGAAGAAGCCAUUCCUAUCUUUGACAAGAACCCCUGGGACUCGAAUCAAGUACCAGACGAGUGUGUCAAAUUAACGUACCGAACUGGAUUCGAUGCAUCUUCUUAG